AUCAUGGGACGCGAAUCGGAAUUUUACAACAUGGCUGCCGAAUGAGAUCAAAGUUGCGGUGCUAUACAUUAGGAAAAAUGUAUUUUUCUUAGCCUCGGUAAAGAUAAAAUAAGCAUAUUUACGUAUAAAUUGAUAAAAGACGCGUUAAACAUUGAGCCGAGGGUACGUCGGUGAUCUAAAUAUGAAUAAAUCUGUGUCUAAUAGUGAGUUGAAGGUGACACCCCGCAAUACUGUAUGGAGUUCGGGAACGUAUGGCAGAGACUAGGGGCCGAGAUAAGAGGGCCCUGGUUCUCCUCAGCGUUUUAAGCCUCUCGGCCAACCUUCGCGGACUAAUUAGCGAUGCUGUGCGCGUCCCGUGUGAUCCGCUAAAACAUCAAAAACAAUUGAAACCUAUGUUGGUUAGUCGCUUGAGAUUUUGAUAAGAAGAUAGUAAGCGACGAGAAGUGAAAAAAAAGAAACUCGAUGGUUUCCUGACAUGAUGGAAAGCAAGUUGUAUGUGAAAAAUGAGCCGGGACUAGAGGGGCAAUCGCUGGUGAAUCCGGCCAGCGUGUCGCUAAUGUCAGACGAGGGGGGAGGACCCAGGAUUUGUUUUGUUUGCGGGACGCUGGGUCACAGUGAGCAAUACUGGCUCAGGGUAAAGCCGAGUAUAGGUGCCUCGCCCAGCGAACCAUAUUUUCCAUUUUUGGAGUCUCACGAACCGCCAGCUGGCUACAGAGGUGAAGGAGUCAGAAGUGGCGCGAUAAAAGUCUGUAGUCUCUGCUACGCUCUACUCUUACAGCAAUGGGACAGCUACGAGAAAGACGCCAGGCCGCACAACCAGAGAGUUUACUGGCUAAAGCGAUGCGACGGAGGCCCUUAUACCGGUGCCGAAAUGGCUCUCCAGGGGGAAUAUGCUGCACAAGUUUUGGGCCUCACAAACGAACAGUCGACCACGCAACCCCGGCAGGAGAAUCGGCCGGUCGGUGUGUCCCCAAGAUUACUGCCAAACUCUCCCUCCCCCAGAGUCGAACAGUCUAGACCACCGUCUAAUUCGGUUGAACUGCAAAGGCCGCAUUCUAACGCUGCCGAAUCGUCGAGACAUCUUGAGCAAGCAAGACUGACCAUGGAGUCACCUCAUCAAAGACUACAGUCCCCGCAUCAGAGGCUACAGAGCCCUCGACAAAUCGUCGAUGAAAGUAGACUCUCCAACGAGGCAGCAUUAGAUUUAAGACAUGCUCCCAGAAGCUCGCCAGCACCGCAACCUAGUCUACCACCUCAACCGCAAGCUAUCUAUAGUGGCGGAUCGACGUCCAGCGUCGGCACCGAUAUAUUGGAUUUAUCAAUGCCUGACAAAAACUCAGUGACCGAAGUCUGUUACGUUUGCGGAGACGAGUACAAGAGAGGUUCCCUAAGCCACAUUGCAGCCAAGCCGUUGCCGACUCCUCCACAUCCUGCUACCAGCCCACCGCCAUUUUUUCCAUCACUAAUGCUUCAUCCAAGACCCAGCAGAAGCCGGCCGAUGGACAGCGCCGGACGAGUGCAGGCUUGUUCGGCGUGUCAGCAUCACCUUUUAUUGCAAUGGAAAGCUUACACCCGGCAGGGUGUACCUCACGGAGAGAGAAAUUACGCGCUGAGAAAACGACACGCUCCUGCAGUCGACACUACGACAUUCAUAUGUUAUACGUGCGCCCUGGAAUAUCCGUCGUCAAGUAUAAGACUUUUAUACUGUUGUUCAAAUCCGGAAAAAGAAGCCUAUUUCCCAUUCAUAUGUUCUCUGAGGCCACCGCCUGGCGCAAGUCCGAUAAGUCCGCAAGGCAUGGUGCAAGUAUGUUCUAUUUGCUACAAAGCCAUUCCUCAGAAGCAGCAAGUUUUCGGAGGCGACAAUCACGAUGGCCAGCAACAUCCCGCCGCUAUUAUUUCACAACAAAACGAUCUCAGGCAGCAAGGUCUGUCGCCAAGGCCGGCUGUCCCAAAAUCACCAGCCAAUUCUGCGGGAAGCGACAUCCGUUUUAAGCCGUACGAUUUAAACAAAUCAAGCGCUGUUGCAAACAAACAGCGUAACAUUAACAUCAAAAGUACCACGUCAAGGCAACGAAAUUCUCCUAGCAAUGGACCGGCAGAAAACGGUAAUGUUGCGCCGGGACAAAAUUAUCGGUGCUACAUUUGCGAAAGGCUCUAUCCUCGCAAUCACAUGGAAUGGUUAUCGACUAGUCCUGAAGGCAUGAACUCACAUGCGAUGCACUUUCCGUGUCUAAGAGGAAUGGCACGUACUUCGGAAAAUGCGUGCAUGGACAGUCACGGACGUGUCUUAGCAUGUAGUCAGUGCGUCAAUCACCUAUCUCAGCAGUGGGAGAACAUGGAUGCCGAACGAGUUCCAUUAGAACGUCGGAGGUACGAUAUUCCUAGCCCCCAUCCAAACGGAGAUGUUGGUCGAUCGAUAGCAACACCGCCAAGUUUGAGUUCAGAUAGAACAUUCAGCAGCAUUCCCGGGACGUCGAGUAGUUCGAUAUACUGUUUUUUGUGUGGCCUACACAGCGAUCUCACCUUGGCAAGGGUUCUAUACGGGCGACCUCAGGGUCGAAACGCACCGUUCUUUCCUGAGCUUUUGCGCCAUCAGUCACCCCUGAACGCCGAACAGCUGAGGGAAGACGGCUCGGCGCUAGUCUGUACAUUUUGUUAUCAUUCAUUGCUCGACCAGUGGCGAAAAUACGAGAGCUUGUCGGGCGGACAGCAAAUCAACACUGCCGAGAGGCAGUACAACACGCAUGAUUACUGUUGUUUCGUUUGCGGUAUUACGACUUAUCGGAAACGCGUCAGAGCGCUUCCUGUUAAAGACUUUGCUUUUCUCAAGAACCACAGACAGCCCGAGAAGAGCUUGUUAUUGGAAAAUGGUGACUUUGCUGUCGUUUGUCUCGAUUGUUAUGAGACGUUACGGACGCAGAGCCUCGAGUACGAAAGAUGGGGUUUGCCUGUCGAGAAACGGGAAUAUAACUGGAUCGUUCAACCACCGCCACCUGAAAAUGGCCCUGAUGCAGCUGUCGCCAGAUUGCCAUCGGGAGAAAGAUCUGAAAAAGUGGUGCCGCAGACGCUUGCAACAAGGCCAGUGAGGAAAAACUGUUCACCCAAGGCGCCCGACAAGAAAGUUCCGGGAAAGCUGCCAGAAAAAGAUCAAGGACUUCAACCAGCCAGUAACAAGGGACAACCGCCAGCUCCAAUUGGUAAAUCACACAGGCCAAGCCCUGGUGUAUUACCACAGGGUCAUACACCAGGACCUGGACCUGGGAACCAGCAGAGCAGUAGAAGUUUCGCAGCGGCACUUCGAAACUUGGCUAAGCAAGCCGGGCCAGCUCCACAAGAAGAGGAACCGAGGGCCAGUCCAAAAAAUCGAGCUCCACCACCGCUGGUGAGAGGACCGUCGCCUGCUAAGGAACGUUCGACGCACGAGCGAAGACCAGAGGAGAUUCCCUCGCUGUAUACAACUCCUCGUCAAGCUGAAACAAGCAAGCACAGCGUAACGGCCUCGACUUCCGAACUUUUGGCUAGGUCUGGUUUCCAACCGUAUCGGCCUGAGCAUCAUCCGGCUCAUGCACCGCCAGCAUUCGCUCUGGAUCAGACCUACAGCCCUUAUCAUCACGGUCUCUACCCGCCGCCACACCUGCAACACGCUUAUAGAUUAGAAGAUCAAAUGUACUUGGAAAGGUGUGGGAUGCUGAGACCGCCACUAUUUCCUGGGCUCCCUUCGUAUCCCUUUUACGGACUGCGAUACAGCCCAGAAAUGUUGCCACCUGCCUCUCUAGGUCUCAUGUCGCCAGUAAUGCACGAGCGAUUGAAGUUGGAAGAAGAGCAUAGAAUUCGACAAGUGAGAGAACAAGCGGCGCUGCGCGAUGAGGAGGAGAGGAGAAGGGUUGCUCGAAAUUCGGCCCCUGCUGCUCCCGUUCCUGUCCCUGCCCCUGCCUCAGCCGACACUGCAGCUAGGAAGCCGACCAUAGCGACUCAGUUGCACAGCGAGCGGGAGAGAGAACGUGAACAACGCGAUCGGGAUCGGGAAAGAGAACGAGAACGAGAAAGAGAGCCAGAUCGUGAACGAGAAAGGGAAAAAGAAAGAGAAAGAGAAAGAGAAAGAGAAAGAGAAAGAGAAAGAGAAAGAGAACGAGAGAGAGACAGAGACAGAGACAGGGAGCGAGAUCGAGAGAGAGGAAAUAAUGUCAACAGUGGCCAUCAUGUUACGAGGAAAGAAGAACCGCCUCCCCAGCCCACCGAUUCUACAUCCCUUUAUCACUCGAGACUCCCUUCUUUUCCCAGCCCCGCAGCGCCGCUCGGUCCUGCAUCACUCAGCUCCGCAUCAAUCUGUUCCGUCAGUUCCACUCCCAUGCCACCUCCACUGGGCUCAACAUUACCUCCGCUAAAUUUGGGACCUCCACCUAUAAGUUCAGCGACUAUAGGCCCACCUCCCCCAAUCCCGUCAAUAUCAUCAAUGCCAACUAUGCCCUCAAUACCUUCCUUGGCUCCCAGCAUUAUUGGGCCACCGCCACCCCUCAGUCUGCCUCUAGCGCCAAUAAUUUCCAUACCUUCCAUACAUUUGCCUUCCGCGCCGUCAAGUACCAUUCAUUCUAGUCAGCACAUAAAUACGAUAGCGAGCGCUACUACAACCACAACAAUGCAUCAUCAACGUACAAAUCCUAUUGGCUGCACCACAACAAGUUCGUCGUCUUUCGGCGGUACAGUAACUACUCAUGCAACGCAUAUAUUGACAACGCCGAGUGCCGUUCCGCCAACGUUGAACAAUUUGGCAAACCAAUCGCCCAGUAUUCACAAAUCUCCUCCUCCUCCUCCUCCUCCCCCCCUUUCAAAUAAUCAUAGUUCUAGAAAUAAAGAUGUCCUGUCACAGCCGACUACGCCUCAGCCGGCGUUUGUCAGGCCUUUUGAGGACUCAUUUCGCGCUACUUCGAAACCACAAUUGAGACCGGUACUCAAUAGUCAUAAUCAAAACGUUCCGAACCAAAUCAACCAUCAAGAGUCAGUAGUGACGUCAUCGUCGUCGUCGUCCUCGUCGAGUUUGUGUUCAACGACCCAAGCGGUCACCACACAGUCAAACCAAGAUGGUUCGCCGGAGAAUGUCAGUAAGUCAUUGACGUUAUCUACGAAUCAUCAGCUCCCCUCCCAAUCUAUUCCAUACGCGACUCCGCAGUUUCAUCAUCCUCACCUUUCCGUUUCUCAUGUCCCUAGCUUGUAUAAGCCCCCUCAUUUCACCCCCCCUCCCACACAUCAUCAUCAUCAACAACAGCAACAACAACAACCACACCAACAGCAACAUCAUCCUUCUAAUAAGUUAAAUAUUCCUAAUGUAAGCAUUAAUCAUAAUACUACUACAAAUAUUAGUAAUAAUACGAUUAGUACGAAACCGCAAACGCUGCACCAUGUAAGCGAAGCAAUGCCGACAACAGGCAACCUUCAGCGAACCGAUGUCCAAAUAAAUAUUAAUAAUAACUGUAUUACUAAUGAUAAAACUUCUGCGAAUGCUAAUUACUACAAUAAUCAUAUUAUGAGCGGAUCGAAAGCCAUUAGUCGGAAUUACAAAUGUAAUUUAGAAAACGUCCAGAGAGAUGUGCAGAAGAAUUGUGCUGGAAAUAAUGAAAGAAACGAAAGCGAUAGUCUAUCGCGACAUACACUGUUGAACCAUAAUCAUUCAACGAUUAAUACAUUGUUAUCGGAUAAACCUCCUGUACUUUCGCAGUCAACUUAUGACCAUAAUAACAAAGGGCCUAUUUUUCAACCCUUAAAUUUAAAUACAAAUGAUAAAGAUUGUAAGUCUGAUAUCGAUGUCAAACCCCAGAUGGAUCAAAGUACUAUUAUGUCCACAUUACCAUUUCAACCAGUUGUAAAGUUCAGUUUAAGUGAUGUCGCGCAAAAACCAAUUGGUACUACUCAAUUGAUGCAGAGUAUUAAAUCGGAGGAAGUUUUGCGCACCUGCCAGAAUGUCUCAAAUGUUCUUUUGCAAAUACCAAAAUAUCAAGAAAAGUUAUUGAAUUUCUCAAAUAAUGAACUUAAAUCUGCAUUUUGCUUUACCGACAAGUGCAAUAAUGUGACUGAGAUUUCCGUGAAGUGUGAAUCGGCUGUGUUAAAUGUGCCUGAUCUCAGCAAGUCCUUAGUCAAGCACGAAGCUGUGAACGAUAAAUCAUUCUUGAUGCCUGAAAAACCGAAAGAGUUGACGUCGAUGCUGGACCUUGCUGAAAAACGAAGGAAACGUAAACGGGAGAAAAGCAUCGGAGUCAGCGUAAGCUCUGAGUCAGAAAGUGAAGAAGAUGUCAAAGAUUCGGAUCUGUGGAUUACCAAAGGGCCACCUUCUAAGCUUCAAUGUCCUGCCAAGAAACUUUCCUUCCUUGCUAUGUUUGGACUGACUACUCUCAGCACUAGAAAUGAAUUGGAACUUUCCAAGGUGGAAAAACGAUAUAGGCUAAAUCCGGAGCCACCUGAUCCACCAUUGGACUCUGAACCCAUACUUGAAUCUCUAUUACCAAUACCACGAGAACAUCCUGAUGUGCUUCUUCAAACUCCCGAUUUUGUAGGCAAAGCUGGGUUCCUCAAUAUUCUCGGCCUUGAUGUUAUGCCUCCAACCAAGAGAGAUGAAGCGGAAGUGAGCUGGCAGUAUAUUCUCAAGGAUCGGAAAAAACGCAAAAGUGUUAACACAGUAACAGCUUACUGCGAAAGAAUUGCCAGAGUUUAUUCAAGAAAUCCACCGUUGUUACCAAGACCACCCCAAAAGAUGCGACUGCUGGACAGAGUGAAACCGAAACAUUUACCAGAGCGACCACUACCAUUACCACCUUUGGUUCCAAAUAUUGUACCAAGGUUUCACUCUGUCCUACCCACACCUGGAGAGAAUGGUGUUAAGCAGCAUUGCAAAAUACCAGAGAUUUGUCAGGCUGAUGAUUCGAUUGAUGAUAAAGAUGAGAAGGAUAAGUCCAGGUGGAAUGGUAUCGAAGAUAUCAUGAUCGCAUACGUGGAAUAUUCUAAAGAAAAAUCGUUGGAAAGAACAGUCUUAGCUGCACAAACGGCGAAACUAGCAGCACGGUCAAAUAAUCUGAGGUCAGAAGCAAUCCAACUAGAAAGAAAAAGUUACGAUUUAUUGUCCAAUUACUCCGCCCUUGAGAUAGAGAGGCGAUGUCUCAGCGAGAAGAUAGAAAGAAUUAACUCUCUUUUGAGAACCCUGAGGUAGCAAUACCCGACGCACAACACGGAAACUCAUUCAUCUGUGAUAUUAUCGACGGGUUAAGAGAGCCGUUGGUAUUUAAAUAUUUGAAACGAAAAACAAUUUUUAAACAAUUUUAGAUAAGUAAAUGUAAGAUUACAUUGACCAAAUGUACAGCAUUUUUUUUUUAGUCUUUUAUCACAGUUUACUUUAUUUGUAAUGAAUUGAAGCUAUACUUGUAAUUUUUCUAGAACCAGAAAUCUUAGUUAUUCGAUAUUUAGGCAUUCUUUUACAUAGCGAUUGUUACAUGGAGUUGAAACGUGUCUUAACCAUUUCUAAAACAACUCGUUAGAAGGGUCUGAGUAGUAAAUGCUAUUUGAAAGACAGGUUAAAUAUUGUAUAUGAAAUCAGAGGGGACUAGUAUUUAAAGUGUUGUAAGUAAUCAUAUCAGUAUGAUACGAACGUGUGAAAAUGAAGUGUAAAGAAAACGAAUCAAAAUACAAAUUUCUCUUCAAUUAAUAAGGAAGUUUUAGUAUUUCAUAAUUUUUACUGACGGCUCUUUAACCCAAGGUAUAAGAUAAAUAAUUAUAAUUUGUAUAAUAUUUUAUUGAAUAUAGAGAGAACACUCAUGUAACUUAUUUUAUUCUCUGUAAUGUGGACUUUAAUAUUUAAAUAUUGAAAAGAUAUUCUAUCACAUGAUUCGCAUGUUUACUGAUUAGUAAGAUGUGUAUUGAUAAGAUAAUAAACAUAGAAGAGAAGGAUCUCAAUUUAAUCACUACAAAAAUGAAGAUAACUAAUUUAAAAAAAAGUAGAAUAUCUUUUAUAUUGAAGUAAAAUUGUUUGUCGAUCACUCGCCAUUCGAUGAACCUGCGAAAGAUACUUUUAAUUUGUUGACAGCACACCAGUGUCUUUUCGAAACGAUCACUUUUUGUGCUUCAACAUCUUCCAUAUGUUGUUGAAACGCUCAUACAUAUUUGAAAUUCGAAUAAUUUUUCGAACACAUAUGCAUGGCAAUUUGCAUAAACUGAAGACUCGACCAUUGAAUAACAAUAAUAAGAAGACUCCUUCAAUUCUAUGUUGAAUACUUACAAUAAUAAUACGUAACGUCUGCAAUGGCCAGUGAAUUUCAAAGAAGUGAAAAACGAUGUCGAGGUACUUAACAGAAAAAAAAGAUUAUAAAGAAACAAUGACUUGACUUUUAACAUAAAAUUGCGUGAGUACAUUCCAUGAAAAUGCUUGUUACCCGCUAAACCUUUAACAUUCCAUAUAUUGAACGGACCUUGAAAAAAUAUGAGUAAACGUGAAAUAACUUUUAUUUAAUAUCAUCCAUUUUUUGGCAGACCGUAAUUAAUAUACCUUACCUGGGUCCUAUUGAAUUUUUUUUUCUUGUUUUCAUAUUUCCGAAUAAUUUGACGUACUAGUUCAUAUCUCUCAUUGUGCUCUCUAAAUUGGUUAUCCCCUUGCUCCGUAUAAUGUAGCAUCAUAUCUAACCGCCUUCCCUAUUAUAACCCGCAAAUCAAUUUUGUCUGUGUUUUCAACGUUUUGUUCAUUGAGUGCCUACAUUUGUAAAUAUCAUUAUUUUUAUGUAUUGUGUAAUAUUAAGGCGUCUGUAGAAAUCUGCAGGUACCAUUCUGGCCAGAACAAAAGCCUAAAAGUAAACUGUUCGAAAACAC